CAAUAAAUAGGUCAUGUAAUAUAGCAAGAAAAUUACAUCUUGAAACAUGAGCUUGUAGAUAAAAGGAAAAAACAGUAAUUGCAGCUUUUAAAACAACCUUUGAUCAUUCUUUGAGAAGCAACAAAAGGAAGAUGAGACCCAAGAUUUAUCUGUUUGGAGAUUCCAUCACUGAGAUGUCCUUUGAGGAUGGUGGGUGGGGUGCUUCUCUUGUCAACCACUUUAACCGCACGGUGGAUGUGGUGUUAAGAGGGUAUAGUGGGUAUAACACAAGGUGGGCAUUGAAGGUGAUAGAGAAAGUUUUUGAUGAGGAAACGGCGCCAUUGGCAGUGACAGUGUUCUUUGGAGCAAAUGAUGCUUGUCUCCCUGAUAGAUGCUCUGCCUUUCAACAUGUCCCUGUUGAUGAGUACAAGCUGAAUCUUCAUUCCAUUGUCUCCUUUCUCAAGGGGCGAUGGCCAACAACUCAAAUUGUCCUCAUCUCACCUCCUCCAAUUGAUGAACCUACACGACUCCUAUAUCCUUUUAUUGAGAACAAAUUGGGCCUGCCCGAGAGGACUAAUGAAGUUGCUGGAAAUUAUGCGAAAGCAAGUCUAGCUGUAGCAGCUGAAUGUGGGGUUUUGGCUGUGGAUUUGUGGACCAGAAUGCAGCAACUUCCUGGCUGGCAAACAGCUUGUUUAAGCGAUGGUUUGCACCUGAGUAAAACUGGGAACGAGAUUGUAUUUGAGGAGGUGGUGGAGGCUCUUAAGAAGAAAGGGUUGAGUGUGGAAACUCUACCAGUUGAUCUGCCAGUGAUUAAUGAAAUUGAUCCAAAUGAUCCACUCAAGUCUUUUGAAGGAAUAUAGCAUAUAUAUGUUGAAGCCCCUGCUCCCAACUCAACCCCCUCCUUUUCUUACAGCCAUUAAUAUAUUUUGGAAUAGCUAUUUCCUAUUUUAGGAAAAAACGACCAUGUAUUGUUCAUUGACAAGUACUUUCAUACCCUGCUCAAAGCAAUAUGUGUUUUCUCGUACUUGGAAGUUAAUUUUGCUGUGGAACAACUCUUGUUAGCUUAGUGUUGUGGGGUGAGCUAUAACUCGGCCUGUGUGAUUUGUUACAUUUGGUUGAGCAUUUUCUCUUAUAUAAGAAGAGACAGUGAGGUGUCUGUCUCAUGGUCAGGCAUGUCUGACAUUCUAAGUUACUUCUUGUAAAGAGCGACCUUCUCAUUUUAGCCGCAAUUCUCAUGAAACAUGAGGCCACUCAAAUUUUCCUUUC